AAUCAGCUGUGCACUUCAUAAUAUUUACAUCAUACCACGCAAAAUUCGACUGCAUUCUGUGUCGACUAAUCCUUUUGUCAUAAAUUUCGUCUCAAUUUUAUUUGUUUGCACAAUAAUCACACCGGAAAUGAGUGACAAGCCAACGGAUGCGCCGGAGCACUGUCCGGGAACGCAGAGUGCCGACGCAGGUAAAGUGUCAGCCUGUGCGGGCUGUCCAAAUCAGCAGAUUUGCGCGACCGGACCAAAAGGUCCCGACCCUUCGAUAGCACUUGUGAAGGAAAAGCUGCACGAAGUGCGCAAUAAGAUUCUGGUGCUCUCUGGAAAGGGUGGCGUGGGGAAAAGCACCGUCACAGCACUGCUAAGCCGAGCGAUGGCUCAGCUCAAUCCGGACCAGAACUAUGGGGUGUUGGAUAUCGAUAUAUGUGGACCCUCACAGCCUCGCGUUCUCGGAGUACAAGGUGAGCAGGUACAUCAGUCUGGAUCUGGCUGGUCCCCGGUAUUCGUCGAGGACAACCUUAGUCUUAUGUCAAUUGGUUUCCUACUGGGAAGCCCAGAUGAUGCAAUCAUUUGGCGUGGACCAAAGAAGAAUGGAAUGAUUCGUCAGUUUCUGACCGAGGUAGACUGGGGUCAGCUGGAUUACUUGAUACUGGACACACCGCCGGGUACAUCGGACGAGCACUUGUCCGCGACCACCUUCCUCAAGGAAACGGACGGCAGCUGGGGUGCAGUGCUGGUCACCACACCGCAGGAAGUUGCACUGCUUGAUGUACGCAAAGAGUUCACAUUCUGCAAAAAGAUGGGAAUCCCCGUUGUGGGUGUGGUGGAGAAUAUGUCGGUGUUUGUAUGCCCCAAGUGCACCACUGAAUCGGACAUAUUCCCCGCGAGAACGGGUGGGGCGGAAAAAAUGUGCACUGAAAUGGAGGCGACUUAUUUGGGGAAGUUGCCGUUAGAUCCUCGCUUGGCAAAGUGCUGCGACGAGGGCAAGGAUUUCAUUACCGAGCAUUCCAAGAGUCCGACCGUUGUUGCGCUGCAUCAGAUUGUGGUUAAAGUGCAGGACUUUUUUGAGAAGUGAAUGAGUUUGCAUACGUUUAGUAUUAUGUACGCUGUUUGGUUAUUCUUAUUAAAACAGAGAUCUUAGA